CAUGCCUCUCUUAUCAGCAAUGGAGGUAUACUGUGCUUUUAUGGAGGAGGAGGAGCUGUAGUUCUUGGAUAUAAGGAAUUAUACACACGGUAACCUUUUUCCAGGCAUCAGUCAUUUCUCAAGUCUGUAUAGACUAUCUGUCAAGUUAAGCCUCACCAUGUCUUACAGUGUAGUCAACUACAAGAGAACAACUUCUGUAGACAGAUCUCCAGUAUAUUCUUCAGGAAGCUAUAGCAAAUCGGCAUCCACAAGAUAUGCUGGAAGUGUUUAUGGUGGUGCUGGUGGAUAUGGAACUAAAAUCUCAACCAGUUCAGGCUUUGGUGGUUCCUUGGGUAGCAGCCUUCAGAUUACCACCAACAGUGAUGUCCUACUGGCUGGAAAUGAGAAGCAGACAAUGCAGAACUUGAACGAUCGUUUAGCUUCUUACUUGGACAAAGUACGAUCCCUGGAAAAGGAAAAUGGAGGGCUAGAGCUGAUGAUUAAGGAGUGGUACAGCAAAAACUCUGGCAUUGUGGAGGCUGACUACAAUAAUUAUUACCAAACGAUUGAACAGCUGAAAAGCCAGAUACUGAAUGCUACCUUGGACAAUGCUCAAAUUCUGCUGCAGAUAGACAAUGCUAAAUUGGCAGCUGAUGACUUCAGACUGAAGUUUGAAACUGAGCAGGCUCUGAGGUUUGGGGUGGAAAAAGACAUCAUGGGACUACGUAAAGUUAUUGAUGACCUCAGUUUGACUAGAGGUGACCUUGAGCUUCAGAUUGAGUCACUGCAAGAAGAGUUGGGCUAUCUCAAGAAGAACCAUGAAGAGGAGGUUCUUGCUCUCCGCAAUCAUGUUGGUGGAGCAGUCAAUGUACAAGUGGAUGCAGCUCCUGGUGUGGAUCUGGCCAAGAUAUUGAAUGAUAUGCGAGUAGAAUGUGAAAGUGUUGUGGAAAAGACAAGGAAAGAGACAAAGGAACAUUAUGAAAGCCAGUUUGAAAGUGUAAAUGUUCAGAUUGUAACCGAUUCAACUGAACUGGAGCAAACCAAGGUCACAAUUACAGAGAUGCAACGCAGCGUACAAGGUCUGGAAAUCGAGCUACAGUCGGAAUUGAGCAAGAAAAAUGCUUUAAGUGCCACUCUUGAAAAUAUUAAUGCUCAGUAUGCAGCUAGACUGGCCCAAAUACAGGGAUUGAUCACCAGCACUGAAGCUCAGUUGCUACAGAUCCGAACAGACAUAGGACGCCAAUCUCAAGAGUAUGAGUUUCUUCUGAAUAUAAAGAUCCGCCUGGAAAUGGAAAUAGCCACUUACCGUCGUCUACUUGAAGGGGAGGAAACAAGCAUAGUAACAUUGGAGGAAGAAGAGAGACUAAAAGAAAUGAACAGAAGCCGAAAGAUAAAGACUAUUGUAGAAGAGGUGAUUGACGGAAAGGUGGUGGCCACCGAAGUUAGGGAGGUUGAGGAGAAACUACCAAGUGUAUAUAAAUAAGAAGAUGAAUUUCACUCUUAAAGGGAGUCUGUCACCUCUAAAAUUGGUUUAAAAGUAAGCAUAUCGCCAUGUAGGGUAUGUGUCCUGAAACAUAAAUAUAUCUAUCUUGUGAAAAUGUCUUCUGAUCCUGAGAAAAACUUUUAUGCAAACAAGGUUUUUGGUACACCAUGGGUGAGGCCUAUUUGUUUGUUCCACCAUUGUUCUGCCAUAACUCGACCAGCACCUCUCCCUCUUGUUGACAGUUCCUAAAGUUUCAGGGCUUGUAAUGAUGAUGUAAAAGAAAGCCAGGUGCACCUAAUGGAGCAGCCCCACCCAUGGUGCACUGAAAAGUGUAUUUGCUUAAAAAGAAGCAUUUCUCAGGAUAAGAGGGCUGGAUUUUUACUAGAAAGGUAUGAUUAUGCUUUGUGUCC